UAUAAAUAAGAGUUCUGGUGGCUUUACAGUUACAGAAUUAUCGAGCACCACGACGUCUUCAAGGCCAUUAUUUAUUUCUGUUCGCAAUAUUCUUGCAAGAAUGGACUCUAAUCCUACCAUAUCUCACCUUCCUGCCAUUCCUCCUGCGGCAGAGAUCCCCAAUGCCUUUAUGGAUAGUGUUAGGCAGUGGUGGAUGUCCGGCGAUAAACAGCUGGCUAUGAGUGAAGAACGGCUCCUCAGACGACUCCCCUAUUACCAACCUCAGAAGCCGGUGUCAUUUACAAACGUAGAGGGCCCAGUUGUCGCCUACAGUUCAAAAGUCGAAUUGCGUUCGUCGCCGAAGAAGUAUCUCAAUACCCUCACAUUCGAAUCGACCUCACCUCCAGCUUCAAACUCUCCGCCACCUGCCGUCUUACUCCACGGGUACGGUGCUGGUCUUGGAUUCUUCUUCAGAAACUUCAAUACGCUUGCUCAAUGGGCAGGUCGGAGGAACACGAGUGUCUUUGCCGUCGAUUGGUUGGGCAUGGGUCGUUCUGCCCGUCUGCCGUUCUCUAUCUCUGCCCCUCGGAAAGACACCCAGGCCCGCGUAGAAGAAGCUGAAUCAUUUUUUGUGGAAUCUUUAGAAGAGUGGAGACAGAAAAUGGGCUUGGAGAAGAUGACCUUGGUUGGUCAUUCUCUCGGAGCGUAUUUUAGCACCGUUUAUGCACUCAGAUAUCCCACAAGAGUUCACAAAUUGAUUUUGUUGAGCCCUGCCGGAAUAACGCGCGGACCAGACCAUACAGUUCCGUCCAACGAGCUUGAUCCUAAUGAUUCAGGGAACUCGACUGAUGACGUCCAAGUCGCAAGUAGGCAGAAGGUGGAGGAAAUUGAAUCUCGUCAGAAACAAGCGAGAGCGACGCAAUCACGAUCGAGGAGGCUUCUCACCUACCUUUGGGAAGAAGGAUGGAGCCCAUUUCAAGUGGUACGAUCAUCUUUGUUCUGGGGUCCAAUGUUGGUUGGCAAAUACUCCUCCCGUCGUUUCUCCGGCUUGACGCAAGAAGACACUAGAGAUAUGCAUGACUACAUUCUCAACAUCACGCUCGCCAAAGGCUCAGGAGAAUAUUGCAUAUCACACAUUCUCGCACCAGGUGCUCAUGCAAGAAUGCCUAUUGUAGACCGAAUAUCACCGUUGAAAAUUCCUGUUACCUUUGUGUACGGUGAUCAAGAUUGGAUGGAUCCGGAAGGUGGUGCGGAUUCUGUAGAGGCCUUAAGGCAGGCUGGGAAUGGACAAGGCAGGAUGUAUCUCAUAAAUAACGCAGGACAUCAUGUUUACCUUGACAAUCCCAAGGCAGUUAACGAUCUCAUUGUAAAGGAGUUGGAUCGCCGGAUAUAGUCCAGACCAGGAACCUUAGAAUAGUAGCACCUAACUACUUUCACAUCUUUUUUUUCUCUUUCCAUCGUUCUUCCGGUGCAAUCUAAUUACAACAUUGUAGCAACUAGAUAUGAAUAAACCUACAACACAGCCU